AUGACUGAAAAUAUCCUCACCUUCUGCACAGCUGAAAUCCCACCCGAACUAAUUUCUCAAUUUAUCAAACACUCCCAACGCACCCAAGAGAGUUCCAAAAUCUGGUCUAUCGUCCGCACACCCACCUCGCACCCCCUCGGCAAACGCACGCGCACUACCAUCUCUCCUUUCCGAAGCGGAUUCCUAGACGCCUCCCUCUCCACACUCUCUGAAUUCGUGACUUCGGCUCCGCAAACCGAUGGGCACCAUUUCAGCCGCAACACCUUCGCGGUACUGGAUGCGCGGAGUAUAGAAGAUGAGACGGUGGUGCUGUGGAGUCGGCUGGACAGUAUGCCGAUGGAGGCCGUGGAGAGAGGGGGAUGGGAUGAGGGGAAGAAAACGACGGAGUGGAAGGAUUAUCGCGUGGAGUUUAGCAAGGCGUGUUGGGUGGUGGGGGUGUUGCAAACGGCACCGGGGUUGUUUGGGGAAAUUGUGGAGAAGGGUCAGGGCACUAGUGUGGAUGGGGACGGGGUGCUCAAAGUGGAUACCCCGAUGAAGGAAUGCGAUUUGGAGGUAGAUGAUGUUUCUACGGAUGAGGAAAGUUUGUGA